UCCAGCAGGUCCUCGCCCCGUUAAUUCCUGUCCCGGAGCUUCGUCUGACGCGCCGGCUAGCGAGCCGCCGCUGCAGCCCUCUCUCCCUAGCUCCUCUCCCCUCUCGCUCACUUAGCCAGGAGCUUGAAAGGAGGCGGCCCGGGGACGUCCCAGACCCCCUCUGCUCCUGCCCAUCGCAAGUGCCACUACCGCCAUGGGCCUCACGAUCUCCUCCCUCUUCUCCAGCCUCUUCGGCAAGAAGCAGAUGCGCAUUUUGAUGGUUGGAUUGGAUGCUGCUGGCAAGACGACCAUUCUGUAUAAACUGAAGCUAGGGGAGAUAGUCACCACCAUUCCUACCAUUGGUUUUAAUGUGGAAACAGUAGAGUAUAAAAACAUUUGUUUCACAGUAUGGGAUGUUGGUGGUCAAGAUAAAAUCAGGCCUCUCUGGAGGCAUUACUUCCAAAAUACCCAGGGUCUUAUUUUUGUGGUAGAUAGCAAUGAUCGUGAAAGAAUUCAGGAAGGAGCAGAAGAGCUGCAGAAAAUGCUUCAGGAAGAUGAGUUGAGAGAUGCAGUGUUACUGCUUUUUGCAAACAAACAGGAUCUGCCAAAUGCUAUGGCUAUCAGUGAAAUGACAGAUAAAUUAGGUCUUCAGUCUCUUCGUAACAGAACAUGGUAUGUUCAAGCCACUUGUGCUACACAAGGAACUGGUCUGUAUGAGGGACUUGACUGGCUGUCAAAUGAGCUUUCAAAACGUUAAAUGAAACUGGAUUCUCUAACCAAGGACAUGUUUGAUAGAAUUGGUCUAGGCUUGUUACCACAAAAUUAGUUUGCAUCUUGGUUAUUAAACAGUAUCUGGGACUGGUUUGGGCAGAAUAUUACAGCGUUUCAACUUAUUUUGUUGCCAAUUAUUGUUUACCAAGUAUAAUGUUGCUGUUUAGCAAUAUGCUUGGUUUUAAAGAAAUUGUCCUGAACUUGGGAAAAAAAGUGUCCUCUUAAUUUUGCUUCCCUUAAGCCUAAAUGCCUGGACAUAGCUAUUGUGACACCUUUAAAUAAAUCUGUUUUGAAUGUUUUUUGAGCCCACAACAAAUAAUGUUUUAAAGUUAUCCCCUUGCUACUUUACUGAUACCUUUAUCAUUCCUGGGACAGUCUGCUGAUUUUAAAACAUGUAGCAUUCCAUUUGUAUUUAUUUUUCUCCCUUGCCAAAAAGAUUUUCUAAUACUGCUUGAACCAGCCAGGGAAAUGCUCCAAAACACUAUUCAGAUCUCUUGCACUGAGGAACUUAUUUUUUUCCCCCAUUAUUGACUCUGGCUUCCAUCAGCCAAGCUUACCUUGGUGUGGUUUGGAUUUGAUAGCUAAUUAGCUUUGUGCUGGUUGCGAAGAGUUCAUAUUGAGAUAAUUUUUAAUAUUCAGCAGAUUGUCUUCCUUUAUAUUAUAUCUUUUUUAUGUUGCAUGUUGCUUUUGGUAUCAGCCUGACUCUUUGCCCAGUAUAUGAUAGUUCUGCUGAUGUUUUAUUGUUUAUUGGUGAACAUAUCUUCAUUAAGAGUUUUUGGAAAACCCAUCAAACUCAGUAAGUUUUCUUCAUAAUCCAUUUGGAAUUAUUCCUAAUAAAAUGAUAAAAUAUGUAAUUGUGUGUGUUCUUAUUGAGUCUUGAAAAUGUUUGAAAUAGAUUUUCCUAUUUAGCAAAGCUGAUUUACAUAUUUUACAUACUGUGAACAAUAAUGCAGAUCCCAGAGAGUUUACUAAUUGUUUAAAUUGGAAAUAAAAUAUGGGUUGCUGUCAUGUGUAUAACAAAGUGGGGUGCAACUUCAAAAUUUUAGUUUUCUUCGAUAAAAUACCAUUUUGAUGCUGUACAUUUCUAAAGUCAGAUCAAGAGUAAAAAGCUGUAAUAAAAUGAAUUGCCCAAAAAAUA